AGUGAACGAAAACAGUCUAUUUUCGGUGUUGCAGUUGCGAAAAUUCCAUCUGUUCACUUCAGUUAACAUGGGAUGUGAUGGUGGAACUAUUCCUCGUCGAGACGAGUUGGUGCGAUUAAAGAAGAAACCGGAACAGAAAGACAAGAAUUCUGAAAGGCAAUUCCGUUGGAAACACUGCGCGUUAACUCAGUUGCGCCUCCAGCUUCCAAUCGUCAUGUGUGCAUUGGGUCGACUCUAUUCUAAGCAAAGUGUUAUUGAGGCACUGCUGGACAAAGAAAAGAUGCCUGAAUCUUGCUCGCACAUCAAAUCAUUGAAGGACAUUAAGAACCUGAACCUGACACCCAAUCCGGCGUACGAUGAAACGAAAGACGACAAAAGUUCCCCGUUCGUGUGUGCACUGAUCGGGCUAGAAAUGAGCGGACAGUUUCGGUUCGUUGCCCUCUGGACUUGUGGGUGCGUGUUUUCUGAAAGAGCUCUCAAAGAAAUCAAGGAUAAAGCGUGUUCUGUUUGCCAAGCACCAUUCACAGACGAUGACAUCGUUGUUCUGAAUGGAUCCGAAGAAGAUAUCAAACUAAUGCGCACCAAAAUGGAAGCGCGUCAAGCACGCUUGAAACUGGAUAAGAAAAACAAGGCGGAAAAGAAGGCCAAAUCGAAAGAGAGCGUACCAUCCUCAACUGUGACAUCCGGAGAAUUAUCUUCUACGUCAUCGAGUGCUGUAGCGAGCGGUUCAGGUGUUGCGACCGUGAAAGCUUCAUCUAGCGUCGCCAAGCCGAACGGCGAAGGGAGCAGUAAACCCAACGGUAGUAAAGUGUUGAACAAACGGGCCCUCAUUAGCGACAAGAUUGGUGAAGAUCCUGUGUUUAAGAAAUCGAAAGACGAUUACAGCGUUGCCAAAGACCCGAAGGCAUCUGCGGUGUAUAAAUCUUUGUUUACAUCGCACGAAAGCGAGAAAGACCAACAGCGUGCUCACUGGGUCACGUACAAUCCUUUCUACAACUGAAUCUUCUUUGUUUUAAAGAAAAAUAAUAGUAGAUACUUGUAUUUGGUAUUGAUAGUUGGUGGGCAAAUUAAUAAACUCGUA